AUGGUAAAUGGAAAGUUCUUCAAACUUCUAUUACUUUUGGACUCUUAUAGUUUUGUUCAAUCAACUGGUGAUUAUAUAGAAAAUCUUUUUGAGAGUAUAUCAGAACUUUGUGCAGAUAUUAUUCAAUCGAAUAAUCUAUCUAGUAUACACAUACUACUUAAUAAACUCUUCAGAGAUUUGAGUCUAAACUUCAGUAAUAGCUAUCCAGAUAUUAAUACUGAUAUUACAACAAAAUUGGAUAACAAGAGAGCCAAAAUAGAACAAAACCAUGAAAAUGACAAUAUCAGCAUUAUAUAUAUAUCUCAAAUUAUACCUAAUCUACUUUCUAAAAUACAAACCGAAUACUCUGACGAUUACAAGAAACGGGUAUUAGCUUUACUAAUUGCGAUUGAUAUAUCCUAUCUUCUACUUAUCAAUAGACCAAUAAGAUAUCAAGAAUUAAAUUAUAAGAUAAACCAUAUGGAAUUAAGGGAAAUAUUUUACCAUUUUAUUUCAGAUUACAGCACUUGGACUAAAAUUAAACAAAAGAUUAUUUUGAAGGCUUCAAUUGAUAACUGUGAAUACUGCUUAACUCCACCCUUCGAGUACUACAUUGCAAACCUAAUUAUGUUGUUUUUAAGAUUUGAAUCAUACCCAAAUAGAAUGAAUUAUCUUAAUAAUGAUUGGUUUUCAGUACUUUUGAAAUUAUUUUCUCAAACUGAACACCAAGCUGAAGUUGGGUCUUGUGUUAGCUACACUUGUGUUGACAUUUGUCUUGUUGAAAUCUCGCGUAUUUUAUCAAACUACGAGAAUAAUGAAACAUCUAAUGAACAAAUAUUCUCUUUAAUUAAGUAUUUAAUGAAUCAAGUUUAUAACUUUGGUCAAAGAACUGUCAAACAACAAAUAUAUUCUUUACUAACCCUUGUUAAUUUGUCCAAAACUGCAAUCAAAUUAUUAUCUAUACUGGAUACUCUACUGAUAUAUAUUAUUAAAAGAAAUGAUAUAAAUGAUUCAAAUAAUUUAGGUCUAUUACUCUUGGCUUUUAUACUUGGGAAUUUGCAUAAAUGGUUCAAACUUUUACACUUAAUAUUGCCAAAAUUUGAAAACAGAGCUAUCCUAAAUACAAAUCUAUUGUAUAAAAUUAACGAAGUAAUAGGGUUGAAAUUACUGGGAAUACCUUUAUAUAAGAAUUUAGGUGUAUUGUCUAUAUCUAAAUUAGACCAUGUUCUAGCAGAUACAAAUGGAAAUACCAAUCAAAAUGAAACAAUAUCCUAUAUUGAGUUUAUGUUAUCUUCAGCGUGUCCUAUAGAAAUCACACAAAAGUUAUUUGUUACUAUUCCUUGUAUAUUAAAUUUAAAUUUAGAAUUAUGUCACAAAAUUCUCAAUUUUCUGAACUUUAAUGAAACUAGUAACUGGUCAUUGCUAUUUCCUCUUGUCUGUGAAUGCUGCUGCACUAUGAACUUUUUGAAAUAUCAGGAACAAAUUCAACUCAUUAAUCAUAUUGUUCAGGUUUUAGAAAAAAAGAUAUCAAAUAUUGAUGUAGAUAAAUCAAUCUCAAACAGCAGAGAAUAUACUGAAGUCUUUUCUUCUGUUGUACCUCUUACUAGUUUGGCAUAUUUACUACUUCUGGAUAUUCACUACACAAUCAAUAAUCCAGAAUUAUUUCAAAGUGGAUUUUUCACAAGUUCAUAUUUAAGGUGGACUACAAACGAUAUUCAUAGUCUAACAUUUUUUACUGCCUAUAGCUUAUCUGAUUACAUAUCUAAUAUUUUGAAUUUAAAUAGACUCACUAUUGAUAAUUGGAUGAUACCAGCUAUUUUUCAUCUUCUAAAAGCUUUAUUUGAUCUAUUUAGUAAUUUUAAAAAGCACAAGUUUUUAAAACCAAUGAAGAAUAGAAAUUCCUUUAAUAAAAAUAUAAGAUGUAUCAGUACAUUGUUGAAAAAACAUGAAAUGUCUCAAAGGCAAAUUAGGUCCUUAAUAUGUUUCUCAAAAAUUGUAGAAAAUUCCCCAGAUAAUAUAAGAAGAGCUAUCUAUGAGAAGACACUGAAAUCAAAUUUAGAUAACAUGAAAAAGUUUUUUGAAGAUCUUGUAAAAUUGGAGUUGCAGAAAUGCGAUCAGAGAAUUAUGAAGGAUACUAAUUCUGAAAUUCCGGUUUAUCCGGAAAUUUCGAUAUAUUACAUGAAAUCUCUACUUUUGAAUUCUCCUUUUAGCUUUCUAGAAUACUCUUUGGAGUAUAUUAAUAAACUUGUAAUAAGUUGGAUAGGAUAUAUUAAAGAAGCUACUCAUAAUACAAUUUCAGUAGCACCAGAAGCUAAUAAAGGCAAUACUAUACUUGAGGAAUUGAAGUUCAAUACUAAGGCUUUCUUAGCAACUCAGUUAUGUGAAUUAUAUACAAUCAUUGCAAUGAGAAUUCUAGUUGAUACAUUAGAAAGCAACUCAGUAAGCGAGGGGGAGGAAGAUACUGAAAUACAAGAGAAUGUCAUAAAAUGUCCUAUUAAAAACUAUUUAUUAUCUGAGAUCCAGUCUAUAGGUGGAAUCUUAGAUGAAACUCUAAAUAUAUACAUUGAAAAGUCUACAAUUUCGUGUUUUUAUUCAGAUAUCUUUACAAUGGGAAUCUUUAUUUUAGAAGUUUUGCUUUUUGAAAUAAACUCAAGUUUUAACAGCAAAAAGAAUGAAAUUAAUCAAAGUUUGAAAUAUAUGAAUGUUAGAUAUUUUAAUACUUUUAUUAAUAUACAAAAUAGUCAAGAAAUUCAAGAGUCUUUCCUACAUAGUUCACAGUCAAAUAUUCCAUAUAUAGAAAUUUUUGAGAUUUUACGUCAUGGGAUUAUAGGGACCAAACAAGUAAUAAAAUUAAAUGAUAUUGUCAGCUCAUUUCAAAAACUCAUCAAAAGUUCUAAUUUAUUGUAA